UUUUAUUUUCACUCCAUUUUCCGAUCAGAUUCAUCAACAACAUGGAAACCAGAAAUCAAACUGAUGUUUCAGAAUUUUUUCUCCUGGGAUUGACAGAUAACCCAGAACUGCAGCCCCUCCUCUUCUGCCUCUUCCUGACCAUGUACCUGGUCACCGUCCUAGGAAACCUGCUCAUCAUCCUGGCCAUCAGCUGUGACUCCCACCUCCACACCCCCAUGUACUUGUUCCUCUCCAAUCUCUCCUUUACUGACAUCUGUAUGAGCACAGCCACAAUCCCAAAGAUGCUGCUAAACAUCCAAGCACAGAAUCAGAGCAUCACUUACGCAGGCUGUCUCACCCAGAUGUGCUUUGUCCUGGUUUUUGCCUGUUGGGAAAAUUUUCUCCUUGUAACAAUGGCCUAUGACCGCUAUGUGGCCAUUUGUCACCCCUUGAGGUACACGGUCAUCAUGAACCCCCCACUCUGUGGCCUGCUGGUUCUCCUGUCACUGUUCCUUAGCGUUGUGAAUGCCCUGCUCCUCAGUCUGAUGGUGCUGCGGCUGUCCUUCUGCAAGGACCUGGAAAUCCCUCACUUCUUCUGCGAACUUGCUCAGGUCAUCAAGCUGGCUUGUUCUGAUACCCUCAUCAACAACAUCCUGUUAUACUUUGUGGGCAGCCUGUUUGGAGUUGUUCCUUUCUCUGGGAUCAUUUUCUCUUAUGCUCAAAUCGUCUCCUCUGUUUUGAGAAUGCCUUCAGCAGGGGCAAAGCUUAAAGCUUUUUCCACCUGUGGGUCUCACCUCUCCAUGGUGUCCUUGUUCUAUGGGACAGGUUUGGGGGUGUACAUUAGUUCUUUAGCUGCUGGCUCAUCCAGGAAGACUGCGGUGGCUUCAGUUAUGUACGGUGUGGUUCCUCAAAUGAUGAACCCUUUCAUCUACAGCCUAAGAAACAGGGACAUGAAGGGAGCCUUGAGAAAACUCAUCAGUGGGAUAUCUUUUUUGUGA